GUCAUCAUUCAUAUCGAUACGAGCCCAAGUAUGAAGUCGAGAAACGCUAACUUUCGAGACUGUCGGUCGGCAAAUGAUCGAGGGCUUGCUGAAUGAGGCUCGCCCUCUGCUCAUUUUCUCGGAAUCAGUGUCAGCAUCGAGUCUGUGGUACUCCAGCUCCAGCGGGUUCGAAGGGGGAAUUCUGGUUAUGAAGACUUUGCUGAGGGAUGCGAACCCUCCGGAGAAGUCUGCAGCAGACGAAUAUUCGAUCCGUAUCCGUGUAGAUGUUUCCGUUCAAGAGCAACAAGGCAAACUCCGCGGCUAUGUCGGCGUCGUCGACAAAAGAUCAAGCCUUUCUUCAACGUCGAUUGUAUUUAGCUGAGAACACACCUGAGCCCAUUUUCGAUCUUUCCGAAUGCGGUUUGGAGCAGUUGCCGCCGGGAGUUCUGGCGAAAUGUCGUGUUUUCCGCAAGACUUCGUUGCUCCUCCAACACAAUUCCUUAAAGUCCUUGCCGGAUCUGAGGGAUCUCACUCUGUUGACGGUGUUGAACGUGUCAUCAAAUCUGCUCAAGACGCUGCCGGAUUCUAUCGGUUGUUUAGUGAAGCUCGAAAUCCUCGACCUGCAUUCCAAUCAGCUGACCAAACUCCCGUCGACGAUGUCGAAGCUCAAGUCACUCCGAGUUCUCGAUAUUUCCAACAACGAGUUGAGUCGCCUACCGCCAGGCGUCCGUUCCUUGGGCUGUGAAAUUAGAGCCGAAGGCUGUCCCCUUCUAGAACCAUUGGACUACAAAGAGAAAAACAGAGAUUCUCCCCCGGCGUCUCCAGAGCACCCUGGUGCGACAGCUGAAGCCGAGCCCGAUCUCGGCAAUGUGUGGGAGCGCCGAGAGAGAAUGCUCAAGGAGCUCCGGCAAGAGAUGCUCGAUGUGGAAGAGCGCCUGUACGAGCUCACCGUUAAUGAGUACGAAAAGCGUGAUAAACGUCAAAACGACAAUAUGAUGAACAUUGCUCAGGAGCGUGUCGAACUGGCAGCGAACUUGAAUGAGUUGAUACUGAAGAAAGAGAUCGAGCUGAGCGAAUUCCGUUCGGCGGGAGUGUCCACGCAUUUCGAAGAUUCCGGAAUAGCGGACAGAGACUGCGUUGUGUGUCUGGGUGAUGGUCUGCAGCUGAUAGUUCUGUUGCCCUGCGGCCACGUUUGUGUGUGUCGGUAUUGCGCUGAGAAGCUCACCGUAUGUCCUCUCUGUCGGCAAGAACUGCGCACUGAAAUCGCAAAUUGACACCGCUUACUGAACAUACAUACGUAUAAAUGCAGACGCCGCUUCGAUGCGGAAGACCGAAUCCGCCCGACGGCGAGUCAAGAUAAACACUGUUAAACAUCCACUCGCACAAAAAGACUUGCAGGUCCAUAUUUUGGAGACUCUCAGGAGCAUCGGUUGCUGUCGUUGUCCGCUCUCCAGGAUUUCCUGAUUCCGAGGCUCAUCAGCCUCCCAAGCUCUCCAAUCCAUCAGCAUCAUGGCGAAUUCGAUGGAGGAGCUGAUUAUCUCGAGUUUCCUUCAAGCUCGCCACAAAUGAGAGAAAAUAUGCUUAAAUUGUGCGUUUUGCUGCUGAAUUUCUUGUUCGAGAACAUUUCUUGUUCUUCGUUGGAUUUCUCGUGAGUUUCCCCUACGGCGCUCUGAGACCCUGGAACGAUUCCUCUCGGGACGGCAACUCAUGUGACGAGAAUCUCUCGGAUAAUCUUCUCGGA